AGGUGUCCUGCUCAGACCCGCCAUCUGUGGGUAAAGCAUUAUUAGGCAGCAGUAAUGCUGGCAGGUCUAAGUACACUGUCUGCUGUGUAGUGUAGUGGAGCAACAUGGGGAGCAUGAGGAAGGGGGUCAACUUGUGGAACAGGAGACAAAGUCUCUUCCCCAACUACAAAGUCGCAGAUACUCAUGCUAACCAAACACCUACUGAGACUGGCACUCCAUUAACCAAGGAAAGCUGCACCAAGACAUGGAACUCCAUGCAGGAACUGAGCAGGGACAUCUACGACAUUUAUGCAGAGUAUGAGGAUGAAUAUGAAGAUAACAUCUUCAAGCAGAUUCCAUCCUCCAAGAAGAACUACUUGAUCAACAUCAAUGUUGGUGGGAAGCCUUACCAGAUAGCUUACAAGAUGGCUGCCAAGUACCCCAAGACCAGAAUAGGGCGACUUGCCACCUACACAGACCACAACAUGAAGCUGGACCUGUGUGAUGACUACACUGUGACCAGCAAGGAGUACUUUUUUGACAGAGACCCAGAUCUCUUUCACUGUAUCUUCAACUUCUACAGGACCGGUGUGUUGCGCAUCAAGGAUGAACUCUGUCCCCGUAACUUCCUGGAGGAGAUCAACUACUGGGGUGUCCGGAUAAAGAACACGCACCGAUGCUGCCGUAUCUCCUUUGAAGAGCGGCAGGAUGAACUGAAUGAGCAACUGAAAAUCCAAAGGGAACUGGAAGCUGAAGUGGAGAUUGAGGAGAAUGAGGAGCUCUUUCAUGACAUGUUCAUGGGCCAAAAGCGGCGAGCUAUCUGGAAUCUUAGAAAGCCAUUUUCCUCUAUUAAGGCCAAACUGAUGGCGGUGGCUUCCAGUCUGUUUGUCCUGAUCUCCUUGGUGGCCAUGACUCUCAACACUGUGGACGAAAUGCAGUAUAGGACUGCCACAGGUCAGCUGAGUGGUAAAACAUAUUGGGAAUAUGUGGAGUCCAUGUGUAUCCUCUUCUUCACCAUGGAGUACCUGCUACGUCUGGUGUCUACCCCUGACCUUCAAGCCUUCAGCAGGAGUGUGCUCAACACUGUGGACCUGAUCGCUAUCCUGCCUCAGUAUUUACAAGCCAUCCUGGAGUUCUUUGAUAAUGAAGAAAACUAUAUGAAGCACGAGGCUGACAUGCAGGCGGUGGGCCAGGUAGGGAAACUGGGGCAAGUGUUGCGGAUCAUGAGACUGAUGAGAAUCUUUCGUAUUUUGAAGCUGGCGCGACACUCCACCGGUCUGCGUGCCUUUGGUUUCACUCUGCGACAGUGCUACCAGCAAGUGGGCUGCCUGUUCCUCUUCAUUGCUAUGGGCAUCUUCACCUUCUCUGCCAUGGUUUAUACCGUGGAGCAUGACAUGCCACGCACAAACUUCACCAGCAUUCCUCACGCAUGGUGGUGGGCAGCUGUCAGCAUCUCCACUGUGGGCUACGGAGACGUCUACCCAGAGACCAUGCUGGGACGUAUCUUCGCAUUCAUCUGCAUCGCGUUUGGAAUCAUCCUGAAUGGACUGCCCAUUUCCAUCCUCUUCAACAAGUUCUCGGACUACUACUCCAAACUCAAGUCCAAUCAGUACACGGCCUCCCUGAAGAAACGGGGGAAAAUCAGAUUUGCCAAGAGGACAGCGAAAAAGCUGAACAAUUAUUUUGGAAAGCAGCAUUGUCAUGCACACUGAUGUCAUAUGAGACAAUACGAAUGUGCAUCAAUUAAACAACUUUUCACCACUGCAAACAUGAAAGUGCUCACAGCAGCACCUCUAAACAUGGUGUGUUUAUAGUUGGGUGACUGGUGAAACAGAGACUCUUCCUGGUUAGAUAGGAAGCAUGCUGCACUCACUGAAGCCCCAGUAUAACCAUCUCACUGCUCCUUUUGGAUGCAGGUGUUGAUGGAGGCCCCAUAUACAAAGGCAUUUGGUCUGUGCAUAAAAAUUAUACACAAAUCGUGUUCACUUUGGCAAAACAUGUCAUUUUAACUCUUUGACCAAAUUGACCUCAUUGUGAACAUAGUCAAUAAACGUUUUCAAUCAUUGACUUAAGUAAAAAAUUAAAAGUUUAUAGUAAAUGGACAUCUUGUUGGGCUUUAAAAUGUUUCACCACUUAUCAAAACAACUUGUUUACU